UUCAGAAAUUUCAGUUUGCCUUCAAUUGUUGAGACGAAAUGACGAAAUUUUGCAAGCAACAUAUACUCAUUGCAAUUGGCCCGAUUGUCAUGGGCAUGUCCCUGGCCACAUUUGCUAUGGAUUCAUAUUAUUUGAGGCAGGAGUUCCUGGCCGUUAUUCGUGCGCUGCAGGUGAUGGCAACUGUUUCGCUGCUCUUUGGAGUUCUUAAAAAGGAAAAGCUGCAUAAGGAUAAAUUUCUGCUCUUCUGGUUGAUCAUUACGUCCAUCUUCUUUGGUGUAGCGUGCUAUUUUUGUUUGGGAUUUAUAACUGAUGAUUUAUUUGAAUCAUUUUAUGACUUUGGGGUGUUCCUGCUGGCGUUGCUGGUUUUGUUACUUCUAUUGGGCGGCACAGCGUUUCUGGGCUACCUGAUGUACUACGUGUACCAAGAGUAUGCGAGGCUCCGGACAGAAAACUCAGAAUCAACAGCUGCGGCAAGUGAGAGAAAUGCAGUCGUAGAAACCAAGGAGCCGCCCCCGACAUAUGAAAGUACUGGAAAUUUAACUGUCUCAAUACAGAAUUAAUGCAUUCAUUUCUAAUAUUAAUUGAGAUAUAAUAUUUCAUAUUAAUCAAAAACUGCAAUAAAAUGUUGUGAUAACAAGA